ACCAGUCUUCUGAUUGGACUGUCCACUGCUCUGUUAGCUGAUAGAGAUGAGCGGGGAGGGAUUUGUCAGAAUACGAGUAGGGGGGAAAAUAACGCUUGAGGUGUCCUAGCUUGUUUGCCAUUGGGUGGCCAUCUUGGAAGGAAGGAGCUUUAACCAAAAGCGACAGGCAGAGGUCGGAGGAAUGAAGCUGUCAGAGAGCGCCUCAUUCCCAGGCCCAUAACACAACAGCUUUAUUCAGACCCGUCGAAAAGGAGUGUUUCAAUGCUUAACUGCUUUUAUUUGUUUCACAAACGGACCGUGGUGGGAUAGUCAGGGCCUUGUGGGGGUGAUUUUUCUUCUUCUUUUUCUUCAGUACAACCGGACAUCCGAAAUGUGAAUCAGAGAGCCGCAGUCAGCCACCGUGCCUCUAGUUACCGCCUUCUGUUGUUUUGGGAAGUCCGUUUUUUUAGACUAGCUAAUGGCUCGACCCCGACGUUGGAUUACAACGCCGUUUUCAUCUCAGGGACACAGUCUGUAGCCUGGACAUUAUUCCAGUGUGAAGUUUUUCCACAAGUUUGCUCGUCGUUAGCUCAGUACAGUAAUGGUGUAGACAGUGUUAAACAGCGUCGCGUUAUCUCACGUUCAAAACCGUUUCUAAUCCAGACUCUACUCAGCCAUACAAUGUCAACAAAAACAGCAUUACCGUCCGUCAACGAGCGGAAAACCGAACAUCACACCUCUAAUGGUCACGGUCGUAUGGAGGGGGCCUCUCGGUCUGUAAGGUCGGGUGUCCGAAACCGUAAUUCAGGCAGUUCAGGCUCUGAAGACCAGAAUCCUCAUAUUGGGAAUUACAGGCUCUUGAAAACCAUUGGAAAAGGCAACUUUGCCAAGGUCAAACUGGGUCGUCACAUCCUCACUGGCAGAGAGGUGGCAGUAAAAAUUAUUGACAAAACCCAGCUGAAUCCAACAAGCCUUCAAAAGCUCUUCAGGGAAGUUAGAAUAAUGAAGAUUUUAAAUCACCCAAAUAUUGUAAAGUUGUUUGAGGUGAUUGAAACAGAGAGGAAUCUUUAUCUUGUGAUGGAGUAUGCCAGUGGUGGUGAAGUUUUUGACUACCUUGUUACUCAUGGCAGGAUGAAGGAGAAAGAGGCCAGAGCUAAAUUUAGACAGAUUGUAUCAGCUGUGCAGUACUGUCACCAGAAACACAUUGUUCACAGAGACCUGAAGGCUGAGAACUUGCUGUUGGAUGCCGAUAUGAACAUAAAGAUAGCAGAUUUUGGCUUCAGUAACCAGUUCAUCGUGGGAAAUAAGUUAGACACGUUCUGCGGCAGUCCCCCAUACGCUGCUCCUGAGCUCUUUCAGGGCAAGAAAUACGACGGGCCUGAGGUGGAUGUCUGGAGCCUGGGGGUCAUACUCUACACUCUGGUUAGCGGAUCACUCCCUUUUGAUGGCCAGAACCUCAAGGAGCUACGUGAACGUGUUUUACGAGGUAAAUAUCGAAUUCCCUUCUACAUGUCUACGGACUGCGAGAAUCUCCUCAAACGUUUCCUUGUGCUCAACCCUGCUAAGAGAGGAACACUAGAGCAAAUCAUGAAGGAUCGCUGGAUCAACUCCGGUUCAGAGGAGGAUGAGCUCAAACCCUACACUGAACCAGAGGUUGACAUCUCUGAUGGGAAGAGAAUAGAUGUGAUGGUUGGUAUGGGCUACACCAGAGAGGAGAUUCAAGAGUCUUUGUCCAAGAUGAAAUAUGAUGAUAUCACAGCCACCUACUUACUGCUGGGCAGGAAGCUUAAUGAGGAGGGGAAUGACCCAAGUACCAGCAGCAAUCUCUCUGUGGUGAAAAACAGGCCUGCUAGUGAGAUGAAUGGCCAGUCACCAGCUCACCAGAAGGUCCAGAGAAGUGUCUCGUCCAAUCAAAAAACUAGACGCUACAGUGACCAAGUGGGUGGUGUUGUAAACACCGGGUUGAGUAACGUUAAGAGGCCUAUUCCCAGCACAGCAGACGUUAACACUAAGCAGGAUGGAGGCGUUGUAGUCCGUAAAGCUCCAUCACAGAGCCCCCCCAGCCCAUUACUGGGCAGCGCAAAUAACCCUAACAAAGCAGACAUACCUGACCGCAAGGCAGGCAACUCUCUCACUCCUAAUAAUAACUCUGGAGGAUCUGGAGGAAUGGGUCGGAGAAACACGUACGUGUGCAGUGACAGGAACAACACAGAUCGCCUCUCUGUUGUUCCCAAUGGAAAAGAGAACAGUGCGUCUUUGUCUCCAGAUCAGCGGAACCCAGGUGCCUCCACACACAGCAUUAGCAAUGCUGCUACUUCUGAUAAACUGCGAUUCCCACGAGGCACCACGAGUCGCAGCACCUUCCAUGGGCAAGUGAGGGAAUGUCGCACUGCAACGUACAACGGGCCACCAACCUCACCCGCCCAGCCCCGCAGCCGUGCCAACACCAACAACCUGCUCACCAAACUCACCUCUAAACUCACACGCAGAAACAUGUCAUUCAGAUUUUCCAAAAGGGUCACUUUUGACCCGAACAAGCGUCAGUGUGCUGCUAAAUCAGGGACGGGGGCCCCCUCUGUGCCCCCCACCCUGUCAGCCCCUUCCAACCCUGCGCCAAAGACUCUUAAGUCUCAACCGAGUUUGAGAGAAGCGGGAGAUUUGAGGGCACAAGUCGCCAUGUACCUGGGGAUCAGCAAAAAGAUGAAGGGAAAGAUGGAAAAGACGGGAAACCCCGCUCUCUCCGUUUCACCUGGAGUAUGAACACCACCAGCAGCAUGGAGCCAGCCGCCAUCAUGAAUGAAAUCUGCAAAGUUCUAGACGCCAACAACUGCGACUAUGAACAGCGUGAACACUUCCUGCUUCUCUGUGUCCAUGGUGAUGGACAUGCUGACAGCCUUGUCCAGUGGGAGAUGGAGGUCUGCAAACUGCCCCGCCUCUCACUCAACGGUGUCCGUUUUAAGAGGGUCUCUGGGACAUCCAUCGCUUUUAAAAACAUUGCUUCUAAAGUUGCCAGUGAGCUCAAGCUAUGAAUGUCUAUAAUCUAUUCAUGUAGAAGAAAAAUAAAACUUAAAUCCUAUAUAGAGAAACAAAGCUGUACAAUCACAAACGUAGCAGUUUGCAAGAUGUAUGGGUUUUUUUUAACAAACCACUUACCCUAUGUAUUUCAAGUGUAUAGACUUUAACAUUGCUAAAAGCAAUAAUUUAAGUGUCACAAGUUGUUACACACUGUAAAAGAGAAUUUAUUUGAAUCGUUUGCUCAAGAAUGUGCACGCCUAGGCACACACACUCUAUAUCCCUUACAGAGUGACAAUGUCAAGAUGUGGCAUAAAAAUGUAAAACCAGAGAUAUACUUUAUUCCUCUUCAGACAGUGUUAAUGCUGUAGGUAUUUGGUGUUUUGAGCAGCCUGUGUGUAAAGGCUAUGUAAAAUCUUUGAAGAGCCAAAAUGCUUUUAAAUUGCUUCAGUUAUUCUGCACCUCAGUCAGGUUUGUUGUCAAGGUUUUGUGCUUGUAAUUGAAUGUGAUCCAGCGACCCAGUUUGAGUUCACUUUCACUGUGUGAAUGCUGCAAGACCGGAGUGAAAAGUUUUAUUUAUUUUAUGCCCAUUACCCAUGUGUAAAUAAUGCACCUUUUGAUUUUAAUUAUUACAUUGUUGCCAUUCCUCAUACUCUCAAGAGCUCUAAUAUUUUAAUGAGCUACUUGUAAUUGCUCACAGUUAUGGAUUCUAUUAAAUCAGCUGUACAUGA